UUAUACAGUGUGGAAAUUGGGGAAAGUGUGCGUGGUGAAGAUGUGUACAUCAUUCAGAGCGGCUGUGGGGAAAUUAACGACAACCUAAUGGAACUGCUAAUCAUGAUAAACGCCUGCAAGAUCGCCUCGUCAUCCCGCGUCACUGCCGUCAUCCCCUGCUUCCCUUACGCCCGACAGGACAAGAAGGACAAGGUAACCGCCUCACCACCGCUGCAGUGCAGCUGUGAGCUCACACAAACAGAAAUGGUCCUGUGGGCGCCGGCUCGAGUGGAGGCUGCUGAAGCUAAUUAUCGUUUUACUCUGGUCCGGUUUUGUUUUAAGGGCUUCUUUGACAUUGCUGUGGACAACCUGUACGCCGAGCCCGCCGUCCUGCAGUGGAUCAAAGAACACAUUCCUGAGUGGAAGAACUGUAUCAUCGUGUCUCCAGAUGCAGGAGGAGCCAAACGCGUGACGUCCAUCGCGGACCGUCUGAAUGUGGACUUCGCUCUCAUCCACAAAGAGAGGAAGAAGGCCAACGAGGUGGACCGCAUGGUGCUGGUCGGUGACGUCAAGGACCGCGUGGCCAUCCUGGUGGACGACAUGGCCGACACCUGCGGCACCAUCUGCCACGCUGCCGACAAGCUAAUCGAUGCUGGAGCUGUGAAGGUCUACGCCAUCCUCACGCACGGCAUAUUCUCAGGUCCGGCCAUAUCUCGCAUCAACAGCGCCCCGUUCGAGGCUGUGGUGGUGACCAACACCAUCCCGCAGGAGGAGAAGAUGAAGGCCUGCCCGAAAAUACAGGUCAUCGACAUCUCCAUGAUCCUGGCGGAGGCCAUCAGGAGAACCCACAACGGCGAGUCAGUGUCCUACCUCUUCAGCCACGUACCCUUGUAGAGAACAGGAGCUCGUCAGGCCACGGGGCCAACGCUUUCGGGCACAUCUCCUCCAGUUAAGGCUGAAAACAAAAGAGGCCUGAUGGGUUUCAGCCAAAAGCCCAUGUGACUGUUUAAAGGUCACGCCCACACAUUGCCCUUUACAUCUCACCCAGCAGACAGAGAAAUAUCACUUCUUCCUCCGAAGACCAACUUUGUAUUUAUGAGCUUUUUUAGUUUUUUGUGCCCCCCCCCCUCUCUCUCUCUCAGUAUUGCUAACCUUGAGCCCAACACUCAUUGGCCUCCACUUUAACCAAAGGGUCCAUUAUGUAACACCGUGUAUUAUUUGUACCUCACUUUAAAUUAAGCAUUCCACUGUGUCAUGGUCAGCGAUAUUUCUGGCCCAUUAUGCUUCACAAAGUAAUAAAACAUGAAAAUGUAUCCCCGUCCCCUGCUGUCACUCAAGUGUUUGCUUUUUCAGAGCUGCUGAAAGUAUUCUAGUUGUAGCCGAACUCUUUAACACUUUGAUUCUGGUAGUUUAAGCUUAGCGCCGUAUUCCUGAGCGUAGUUUAAAAGCUGCAUGGCGAGCGUGACUGUACCGACGUGACCACGGGCACAGAGUCGAGUCAGAGCUGCGAACACUUUGUUUUAGUUCCUCGUUUCUUGCCUGGUUCAGCUGCACGAUGUUAGGGCAGCCUUCCUUCCUGAGAAUCGCACUAAAAGGAGAUUUAACUACGAAUACGAGAACAAGAGGUCACGAUGAGAAAUGGAGCAUAAAGCUUUGUUCUAGUGUCGAUUUCAGCUGUAAUUUGUUUGUUCUUUUAAAGGUGAAUCAGCUGUAAUGGGUCACAUUUGCCUGCAGGUGGAUUGAAAAGUUGGCAUAAAAAUGUGAUUUCUUCUCUUUUUAUAUAUACAUAUAUAUAUAUCUGUGUAACACUUUGACAAUAAAGCUUUUGACAUUGGCUUA